AUGCUGGGCGCCGUGGAGCUGCUGCUGCUGGGGGCUGCGUGGCUGGCGGGCCCGGCCCGCGGGCAGAACGAGACGGAGCCCAUCGUCCUGGAGGGCAAGUGCCUGGUGGUGUGCGACUCCAACCCCACGUCCGACCCCACGGGCACGGCCCUGGGCAUCUCCGUGCGCUCCGGCAGCGCCAAGGUGGCCUUCUCCGCCAUCCGGAGCACCAACCACGAGCCGUCCGAGAUGAGCAAUCGCACCAUGAUCAUCUACUUCGACCAGGUGCUGGUGAACAUCGGAAACAACUUCGACUCGGAGCGCAGCACUUUCAUCGCGCCGCGCAAAGGGAUCUACAGUUUUAACUUCCACGUGGUAAAAGUCUACAACAGACAGACCAUCCAGGUGAGCCUCAUGCUGAACGGGUGGCCGGUGAUCUCGGCCUUCGCCGGUGACCAGGACGUGACCCGGGAGGCCGCCAGCAACGGAGUCCUGAUCCAGAUGGAGAAAGGCGACCGAGCCUACCUCAAGCUGGAGCGCGGGAACUUGAUGGGGGGCUGGAAGUACUCGACCUUCUCCGGAUUCCUGGUGUUUCCCCUCUGA